CCAGUCUACCGUAGCAUCAGCUGCCGUGCACACGUGCGCUUUCGGGUUCUGUGAGUUCUGCAAGUGGCUUCCUUGUUCCGCUUCGUCGGUAGUGUUUCCGUUGUGUUGUGGGAAACCGGCCAAGCAGUGAGUGUCGUUCGAGGGAUUUAUUGAAACCGGUACAACAACAACACGACACUUCAAAAUGUCGCGAACGUUGGAGCUGUCGCCGAAUGCGCACAUCAACAAGUCGCUGCUCGACAAGUACAUGGCCUUGCCGAUGCCGGACGGCAAAAUUCAGGCAACGUACAUCUGGAUCGACGGAACUGGCGAAAACGUACGCUGUAAAGAUCGUACACUCGACUUUAUUCCCCAGACGCCAAGUGAGCUACCCAUUUGGAACUACGACGGAAGCUCCACGUACCAGGCGCAGGGCUCGAACUCGGACGUCUAUCUUCACCCGGUGGCCCUCUACAAGGAUCCGUUUCGGCGCGGGAACAACAUUCUGGUGCUGUGUGAGACGUACCGCUACGAUGGUACACCCACCGAGUCCAACAAGCGCAAAUCGUGCCUGGAGGUGUGCAAGCUGUCGGCAGACGAACAUCCGUGGUUCGGAAUAGAACAGGAAUACACGCUGUUGGAUGUUGACGGACGUCCGCUGGGUUGGCCGAAGAAUGGCUUCCCGGGACCGCAGGGCCCGUACUACUGCGGUGUCGGGGCAGACAAGGUAUACGCAAGGGAUAUUGUAGACGCGCACUAUCGGGCUUGUUUGUACGCUGGAGUGAAGAUUUGUGGCACGAAUGCCGAAGUGAUGCCGGCGCAGUGGGAGUAUCAGGUUGGACCGUGCGAGGGUAUCCAGAUUGGCGACGAUUUGUGGAUGUCGCGCUUCUUGUUGCACCGUGUGGCUGAAGAGUUUGGUAUUGUUGCCACACUCGACCCAAAACCGAUGCAGGGCGACUGGAAUGGAGCCGGUGCGCAUACUAACGUGUCCACGCAGACUAUGCGAGAACCGGGGGGCAUCGCUGAGAUCGAAAAGGCCAUCACUAAGUUGUCGAAGCAUCACGACCGCCACAUUCGUGCGUACGACCCGAACGGAGGCAAGGAUAAUGAGAGACGCUUGACGGGAAAACACGAAACCAGCUCGAUCCACGACUUUAACGCCGGUGUUGCUAACCGUGGAUGCUCGAUUCGUAUCCCGCGCGGUGUGUCCGAUCAAGGCUGCGGCUACUUCGAAGAUCGCCGGCCAAGCUCGAACUGCGAUCCGUACAGUGUCUCCGAGGCGAUCCUGCGAACGAUUUGCCUGGACGAGUGAGCGAGCAGACUGUCGUCGACAACCGCACUAUCUAAUUGACAUUCCCGUUUAUGGACAUUUAAACCAGACAAAACUGGCCAUCAUUCAGUGUCGUUUGCAUUGCUUAACGGCAACGUGUUUGUUUUACUGUUUCGUUUUCAUUUUUCCUCACCAUUAAACACUAAUUAGCCGAUACAUGGGUGCAACGUGUCGUUCCGAUGACAGACAUUUGUUCCCUUAUCGUGCACGCCUCGUGCUGGAUCAAAAGAAGCCAGUUGUUCGCAUCUAAGUUUGAAAUAAAAGCAACAUACAACGCCAAUGAGUCAAGUGCCAGUUAUUGUUGCUGCGAGGAUUAUUUGAUCCCCUAUCCUUUCAAUAAAUAAAUGAGUUUUGACUCAACUGGUUAAUCCGUUUCAGUUGAUCUCAUGUUGUAUUCCCUGUCGUACGGAACAAAUGGUCGUAGUUGCAAUUCUAGUCGCCCAUGUCACUAUGGCAACCCCUUGUGUGGCAUAUGGUAGUGAGGCUAGAUUGUUAACGCCCAUAUUCAACGCUUAAUGAAUGCAAAUCAUGAACACGUGUUGCACGUGAUCUACAACCAGCUUAGUGGAGGCAGAUCAAGCCGAUUAUUUAACCAGUCGAACACCAAAAUGAAUGAUUUUUUUUUCAAUUCCCAUUUUUGAUUUGCAAGUAGUUCUGAAAAUAAUCAACGCGUUUGAAUACUGUUGGUGUUUAUGUACGCAAACUUGCCGUCAAUGAACCAACGGCACUUAGAAGCCGUCGGCUUUUUAUUCUGACGCUUCAUUACCUUUGAUAUUAUCAUAAUUUUAACAUUUUUUGAAUAGUUACCAUUUUGCGUCCUUUUAAGUUUUCAACUUGUGCAUGUGAUCGUUGAUAUUCGGCAUGGCUGCAUAUUUCCCGAUCGCUUUGGUCGCUGGUUCGCUAUAUUCAUGACCAUGGACUUCGAUUUUAGCCAAGCAGUGCUCGUCUGAAUUUGGAUCUCUGAGUCCUUUGGAUCAAUCGAAAAUAUCCAAAUUUCUCCCAGCCACUAUGUUUUUGUGUUUAGUAUAUCACUUCAGUUAGUUUUUUUCUUUCAAAUGCUUCUUUGCGCAAUGUUUUCACUUCCAGUUUCAGUUUUGAGGUAGUGACUAUCUACUGACAUGUUGAUCAUGUAAUGUAUAAUGUAAGGUUAAAAUCACUAUUUGUAAAGUAAAACGGCAUCCUUUGACGAAUUCAUUUUCGU